AUGAUUAUUAUCUCAACAUUCACAAGCAUUUGUGGAGUGGUAAGUAAAUAUGCAGGAAUGGUAAUGACUGAUAUGUUUGAAAACAUACCAAAAUUGAAACAUAUUAAUAUUCCAGUUGAAGUAAUUUUUGUACAAGAAGAUGAGUUGAUAGGAGUUGAUGAGUCAGUAGAAAUCUACAACUCAAUUCCAGAGGAGAUGAGGUAUGGAUAUGAUAUAAUCAAUGGAUGUAAACAUAAUGACAUUCUUGAAAAUGAUGAAUUAAUUAAAGUAAUCAAAAGAUUUCUAGAAAAACUUUGA